CUGGCGACAGGAAGUAAACUGUUGGACCGCUUUGCUUUUCUUCAGGACGGUGAUGUAGCCACCAAAGCUAGCUAUGACAACCGACAGCCGCUGCCAAUAUGAUUCGCUCUGCAAUGUUUAAGUUUUCCUGUUGAUAAGAAAACGACUUUAAAGAAGAAACUGUAGCUAGAAAAACUGUCAAGCUAAGCUGAGUAGCAUGCUGGACGUGGGGAAGUGGCCAGUGUUUGCACUCCUUCCUCCUGAGGAACUACGGCUUAUCCGCCAGGCGUGUGUCUUCGGUAGUGCUGCUAACGAAGCUCUCUAUGUUACUGUUAAUGAUGAGAUCUUUGCCUUGGGCACCAACUGUAGUGGCUGCUUAGGCCUCGGAGACCUUCAAAGCACUAUUGAGCCGCGCAGGAUUGAUAUCUUGUGUGGAAAGAAGAUUGUGUCCCUGAGCUAUGGUACAGGACCGCAUGUGGUUAUCGCCACUGCAGAUGGGGAGGUGUUCGCCUGGGGUCACAAUGGCUACAGCCAGCUGGGAAAUGGGACCACCAACCAUGGUCUGACCCCCGCCCUGGUCUCCACCAACCUCAUCAGCAAGAGGGUGACAGAAGUGGCCUGUGGCUCCCACCACACCAUUGCUCUCACAAGUGAUGGAGAGGUGUAUGCGUGGGGCUACAACAACUCGGGCCAAGUAGGAUCUGGGUCGACUGCCAAUCAGCCAACACCACGUCGGGUUAGCAGCUGUCUGCAGAACAAAGUGGUGGUCAACAUAGCCUGUGGCCAGCUCUGCUCGAUGGCUGUCCUGGAUAAUGGAGAGAUUUAUGGGUGGGGCUACAACUGCAAUGGGCAGCUGGGUUUGGGAAACAACGGAAAUCAGCAGACUCCAUGCAGAAUCGCUGCUCUGCAAGGUGUCAACAUUGUGCAGGUGGCAUGUGGAUAUGCGCACACAUUGGCACUUACGGAUGAGGGAUUUGUUUAUGCGUGGGGAGCCAACUCCUAUGGACAGCUGGGAACAGGCAAUAAAAGUAACCAAGCGCUCCCCAUCCUAAUAAAUACAGACAAGGAAAGGAUGGUGGAGGUAGCUGCCUGUCACACCAGCCACACGUCAGCUGCUAAGACGCAGAGCGGGCAGGUUCUGAUGUGGGGUCAGUGUCGAGGUCAGGCUGUGUCCAGCCCUCAUCUUACCCACUUCAGCAGCACUGAUGACGUGUUUGCCUGCUUCGCCACGCCGGCCGUCACGUGGCACCUUCUCUCAGUGGAUGGAGAUGACUACCUGACAGUUGCCCAGUCUUUGAAGAAGGAAUUUGACAGUCCAGAUAUUUCUGACCUUAAGUUCUUAGUGGAUGGGAAGUGCAUAUAUGUUCACAAAGCUCUUCUGAAGAUCAGGUGUGAGCAUUUCCGUACUUUGUUGAAUGAAACAGAUGAAGAUGUUAUAGAAAUUCAUCAGUUCUCAUAUUUAGUGUACAGAGCCUUCCUGGAGUAUCUUUAUACAGACAAUAUUAACCUGCCACCAGAGGAUGCUAUUGGGUUACUCGACUUGGCAACGUUUUACCGAGAGACGAGGCUCAAAAGAUUGUGUCAGGAAACUAUCAAGCGGGGCAUUACUGAAGAGAACGCCAUCACGCUGCUUUCUGCUGCUGUCAAGUAUGAGGCUCGGGACCUGGAGGAGUUCUGCUUCAAGUUUUGUGUCAACCAUCUUACGGCUGUCACUCAGACCCAGGCUUUUGCAGACAUGGAUCAUGACCUGCUCAAGAACUUCAUUAGUAAGGCAAGCCGCUACGGGGCCUUCAAAAACUAAAGCGACUCUGUAGCAAUGGAUUCUUGACAAUAUGUUUUAAUUCUGCAAAAGGAGAGCCGACUAAAGUAAACAUUGAGCUGUUCAGCUCUGCAAAGACUUAUUGGGGAUGUAAACACUGAAGAGGCGAGUGGUUUCUGGUGGCAGUGGCUAUCUGACCCUGCUGUGUUACUACUCUAAGCCUCGUCCAAACAUGGUGAAGUGGCACCGAAGCAUUGGGUUACUCUACUAAUCCGGCCUUAACAUGAAGAAGUACAGCAGACGUUGCAGUUCGUCAGACGUGCAUUACUAAGAACAAGCUUAACUGCGCCUCCAUCUGCCUGCUUUAAAGCAGACAUACAACAAACAUACAAACGGAUGCCUGUUGCUUAAAAUGCUGUAUGGUUAUUUACAUUUAUCCCUAUAAAUGAUCAAUUUAAGGACUUUUAAUUGCAAACUUCCAAAUUCUGCUGAAAACUUUGACUGAACUAUAAAGCAAUCCGUGAAAAAUAAAUCAGCCCUUCUUAUUCUGCUGCAACCUACACAUCAGUUAGUCGAUAUCUAUCAGAGAUACAUGUGUAUAUACUGUAUAUAUGUUUUCUGUUUUUACACUAAUGUAAAGCAAAAGAAGACACGUGUGGUGAUUAGAAAUGAUUCCAUCAUAUUGGGUGAUCCAGUGAAAAGCUUCAUACUCUGUUGUUUACAGAAUCUAAGCGUAUGAAGAGCAGAAAGUAGUGCAGAGUUGAUAUGUCAUGGACAACCAAUCACUGCUCAGAAAUAAAUGACUAAAAAGUUAAUUAUCAUAAAACUUAGAUUUUUUUCAUAUUCCUUGUUAUUUGGAUGCCUUGGUUCUCAUAAAUUUGAAAAGUGAGAAUUUUGCAAAGCGUCCAAAUUGUUCUGCUUAUAAUGCCCUACAAAGUAUUUAGCAACUCUAUAGUUAUUGAACCUCCUUUUUUUUUGCGCUGAACAUUUUGCUCACUCUUUCGCAGCCUGAAGGUACUGCAGACAUUUCUUGACAAGUUGUAGUAAAUACAACUUUUUACAUUUCUGCUUCCUCAGACUUAUAUUUUAAACAUAAUCCUCUUUUUGAAAAUAGCUAAGUUUGAGUAUUCUUUUUAUAUCAACAGCGUCCCACACCAAAAAGGUUUUAUUACCUUGACUUGACUUCUGGUGCUUUCAGUUAUCUGAAAAGUAACACAUUUUUCUUCCCAUUUCAGUUUCCUACCAAUUAGUUGCUAGAGCUCCAUUAGAUUUUCUUCUUUUUCUCAAAAACCAAAAAGCAACAUAUGCAGUGCAUCUUCAUCCUGGGUGACAGUAAUUGUAGAGGAUGCUAUAUGUUUGACAUCUCUAAUUCAAAACAGUUUGCAUGGUAAUUUCACAUUUAAUGAACGGUUUUACCACAUUUUUUAUUGUUUACUAAUUUAUGCCAUCAGAACGUGUUACAAUUGUUGAGCAAUUGUUAGCUAACACUUGGCCAGAAAGCAAAAGAAAUGUUUAGUUUUUUUUUUUAAUGCAAAAAUUUACUUUUAAUGAGCUUUAUAUGAUGUAAACUGUGCAGCUGGAAAUUGUGCUUUACUCACAACAAACAUGACAAAAUCCAUGUUUACUGUUGCUGUGUGGAUGAAUUUAAAUCGAACUGUCUAUUUUUUGGUAUGUUUACACAGAUUUGUUUUUUUAAUUAUUAUUAAUGUUAUUGUUAAAUCAUUGUCAGCAGGUGUUUUUUUUUACAGUAAUAUAUUCUCUUACAUCACCUUAUGAUAACAGGUACUGCUAGUAUUGUUUCAAUAGGUAGUUUAUAUUGUUUAGAAAAAUUGGAUAUAACAAAAUAUCAGCUUGCUUUUACCUUGUAUGAUUGAUGCUGAUAAUGUCUGAUAGACAUGCUGAAAUAAAUAAUAUCAUA